AUGCGCCAUUAUACAUUCUUUUCAUCUCGUGCCUACAAAGCAUCCCUUAUUAUCGGUCCCAUAUCUCCCUCCACUACUUCUAGAAAGUUUCGUCAGUGUAACCAGUUACCGAAUAUUGAAAGAAUAUUAGAAGAACUUAAUGAACUUUCUGCUUUUGGGACUACUGCCAUAAACGUAGUUGAUAAAUAUAUAUGUGUAUUUAAUAAAAAGUGUUUCUUUUUGGGGAGUUAUCUGCCCCGAUUAUUAGCUAGAUUGUCUUCUUCCUGGGUAUUCUUUAUACCCAGAAAAUAUAUAACAAUACUCAAUGCUAACAAAAAGUCUGAGUUAAGUUUAAAUUUUUCAAGACACAUUGAAUGUCAAAAACAGAAAUAG